UGUCAUGCCCUUACGCAUUUAGACGGCGAUCUAGCACUCUGGACAGUUGCAUCAGUUCCUGUGUGUGCGUGUAAAUGGCUGUGCCGUGGCUGCUCCACGCUACUUUUUAUUCCCAGGACGCAGAAUAGUCAUAAAUCCUCCUCUGCUAGGAAAGGCUGUGAUCAUAAUAAAGACGUCACCCUCCUGCUCGGGUUGGCUCAACCAAGCCAAGUGCGCAGCUAUUUGUAAGCUACAACAACAACAACCUCCAGCACCAUGCCCAUGGAUAACGUAGGGAUUUCUCUGAGAUCCCCUCGCCGUGCGAAGACGAUAUCUGCGUCAGAUCCAUAGCAGAUACAGCCUUUAAAUUGCUCUGGGAUCUCUGUAGCCUACCAUAAAAAAAACAAAAAACAAACAAACAAACAGGGACUUGAUCGCGUUGCGGGCUCCUGUCGCAACAAAUAGGACGCAAGCCGUGGAUUUAAAGAGUCAUGGAGGAAACAGCUGCUGCAGCACCAGCUCCUGGCACCGGUGCUACCCCACCAAACCCAAGACCUCAGCCUUCCUCUUUUGCACCCUCCCGCAGCCUGCUAGAGUGGAGACGAAGAGUCAAGUCUGAGUAUAUGCGGCUUCGACAGUUAAAACGCCUUAAAAAAGCAGAGGAGGUCAAGACCCUGUUCAUGUCCAACAGGCAAAAGAUAGAGCAGCAGACAAAUCUCCUAAAUGCAGAGUGGUCCAAGCUCAGGAUUCAGUCCAUCCCUCUGUCAACUUCUAGUGGAGCUCUGGCCAGCAAGAAGAUGUGUACAGUGGAAUUUGGUUUCCCAGGAUUCAAAGCUCAAGCGAUUGCAAUGAGACCACUGUCAAUAGUGGCAGGAAUCCCCUUCAUGUACUCCUGGUCACCUCUGCAGCACAACUUUAUGGUAGAGGAUGAGACGUUCCUUCACAACAUCCCGUACAUGGGCGAUGAGGUACUGGAACAGGACGAGGCUUUCCUGGAGGAACUCAUUGACAACUAUGAUGGUGUCCAUGGUGACAGAGAGGGAGGUUUCAUCAGCGAUGAGAUCUUUAAAGAGCUGGUGGAGGCCUUGAGCCAGUACUCUGACCACGAGGAGGAGGAAGAGGAAGAAGUGGCUGCAGCAGAGGGGAUGGGAAAGAAGGAAGACGAGAGAGCGAUGAGGAGGAGCUCAGUGGAGGGUGCAGAAGAGACCAAACCUGGUACUGCUGCAUUUAUCAGGAGAAAGAGGAGGAGCACUGCUGAGGUGAGGGACUUGUCCAGCAACAAGAAGGUCCCCAACGAUAAGAUAUUUACAGCCAUCGCCUCAAUGUUUCCUUACAAGGGCACCAUGGAGGAGCUGAAGGAAAAGUACAAGGACCUCUUGGAGCCCCCGAGCCCGGUGAAGCUGCCCCCCCUCUGCACCCCCAACCUGGAUGGACCUUUUGCUAAGUCUGUGCAGCGGGAGCAGUCAUUACACUCCUUCCACACGCUCUUCUGCAGACGUUGCUUCAAAUACGACUGUUUCCUCCACCCUUUCCAUGCUACACCCAAUGUUUACAAGAGGAAGAGUAAGGAGAUCCACAUGGAGACUGAACCAUGUGGCGUAGACUGCUUCCUGUUACAGAAAGGGGCUAAAGAGUUUGUGGACCAGAAUAUGUUACGAUCACAGAGGUCUCGGAGACGCCGGAAGCAGCAGCGUCCCACCAGCUCCAGCUGCCCUGGACCAUCUGGGUCUGCUGAGGAAGGCAAACAGGGCGACAGUGACCACGAAACCACCUCCUCAUCAGAGGGGAAUUCACGGUGCCAGACUCCCACCAAGCUACGUCCAGGAGAUGAUGACGGGGCGCAGCAGGCAUGCUGUGUGGUCCAGUGGAGCGGGGCAGAGGAGUCACUCUUCAGGGUGCUACACGGCACCUACUUCAACAACUUCUGCUCAAUCGCACGCCUCAUCGGUACAAAGAACUGCAAGGAGGUGUAUGAGUUUGCAGUGAAGGAGGUCCUGAUCCAUCGUGUUCCUUUGGUCGAUGGAGGCAUCUCGCCCCAAAAGAAGAAAAGGAAACACAGGUUAUGGGCAAAGAUUCAGCUAAAGAAAGAUAACUCGUCCAAUCAGGUGUACAACUACCAGCCAUGUGAUCACCCUGACCAUCCGUGCGACAGCUCCUGCCCGUGUGUGAUGACCCAGAAUUUCUGCGAGAAGUUCUGCCAGUGCGAGCACGAGUGCCAGAACCGCUUCCCAGGAUGCAGGUGUAAAACCCAGUGCAACACUAAACAGUGUCCCUGCUACCUAGCUGUGAGGGAGUGUGACCCAGAUCUGUGCAUGACCUGCGGCGCCGCAGACCACUGGGACAGCAAAGGGGUCUCCUGUAAGAACUGCAGCAUCCAGAGAGGCUUAAAAAAGCACCUGCUUUUGGCUCCAUCAGAUGUCGCCGGAUGGGGCACCUUCAUCAAAGAACCAGUUCAGAAGAAUGAGUUCAUCUCUGAAUACUGCGGAGAGCUGAUCUCCCAGGAUGAAGCGGACCGACGUGGAAGGAUCUAUGACAAAUACAUGUCUAGUUUCCUUUUCAACUUAAACAAUGUAGACUUUGUUGUGGAUGCCACACGAAAGGGGAAUAAAAUCCGCUUUGCAAAUCAUUCCGUUAAUCCCAACUGUUACGCAAAAGUGGUAAUGGUGAACGGAGACCACCGCAUUGGAAUCUUUGCCAAACGUGCUAUUCUGCAAGGAGAGGAGCUCUUCUUUGACUAUAGGUAGAGUCACAGGCCUUUUUGUGACUCUCCAUCAGCUUCAAAAUACAGCCAAGCCGAUGCCCUCAAAUAUGUGGGGAUAGAGAGGGAGGUAGACAUGACUUAGCUACACCUGCUGCCUACCUCCAUAACCUGCCCUGAACUCCUCAGCCACCCACUAAUGCUUCUGUCUGUCUCUAAAGUGUCACAUCUAGCUGGCAAGUUUCUAUGAACAUUCGCUGUCUCUACCCCCUCUGCUGCACUUCCAAAAAUAGUCCCUCCCCGCUGCUUACAGGUGCCCCUGCUCCGCAAACAUCAUACCAUCCGUCAGCCCUCCCUCUGAUCUGCCCAAACCCAUCCACAUACCUGCAAGACUGUAUACGCCAAGCUUAUGAAACUAAACUAUUUAAAGUGGAAAUACUAUUAAUCUGUAUCGCUUACCGCACCAAGAGGAUUACGUUUUGUUUUUUGUUAUUUUCUUUAUCGAACCAUCUUGUCGAAGCAAAGAGGCCGUGAUAACCCAACAUACAGUGUGUUACUCUCUCAGCUGUUUUGUUACUGUACUUAUAGACCGGCUUUUGUUUGAUCUCUCAAUACGUAAUGCAAGCUUUUACAUCGUACAUAAUAAUGAUCAGUGAAAUGCAUGUGCUGUCUCUUGGAUAAACAAACCAUUAAACCAUGUUAGCCACAGCAUUAGUUUCAGUCAGAUGCUGUUCUCUGCAGUCACUGAGUAUUGGAGUGUGUUGUUACCCAGUGCCUCUUCUUCAGAGGAACCUUUGAAGAACAGGCAGGUUUGAUAGCUCGGUAUGUUCUUCUAUGAUCGGCGGCUAGCAUCACCACCACAUCUUUAUGGUGAAAUAAGUUGUUGUGCAUUUAUAUCAUUGUUCUGCAAAAAAAAAUAGGCAACCAGACAAGAAACCGACUGACUGAAUGUAACUUGUAGAUGAUGGUGAAGAGAUCUCAUCCCUCUUUUCAUUUUACACAUUAAUCCAACCUGUUGGUACUCUGAGCAACGUAUAUGCACAUCAAACAUUUCAUUAUCAUGUUUACAUGAUCUGGAGGCCUUCACACUUUGGGAAAUGUUUAAUAAAUUAACCAGUCACAGUAAAUGUCUUCCUUUUUAAAAAAACAAACAAACAUAUAAGUGCCAAAUGAUUCUACACAGAAAAAGGCUGAAACAGUGUGGAUGUGUUGCAUAAUUAACAGGUGUGCGUUUAAAAGUAACCUUUGCAAGGUUUUGACCAUGGGAAAAGCAAAAUUAUCAGUGUUUGACCAAAUAUCAAAAGUCCCCCACAUGUGAAUGUAAAUUAUCAUUUAUCAUCUUUGUUUUUUU